AUGAUCCAGUGCUCCGGGAUUUGGGUGUGUUGGAGCCAGCUGCCAUUAGCCCCGCAAAGCUACUGGUGUGUCCCUGUCUGUGUCACUGUUUACUGGGAUCCCUGCACCUGGAAGCUCCGGAAUCUCCCAUACAGUCAUGGAGAACCUGAUGCCGGUCCUGGUUCCGUCCAGUCCGGAGAGCUGACCGGCUGUUUCUCGGUUUUUUCUGUGUCCUUCCCGCGGAGCUGACUGUGAUGGCUGCUGUCCAUUGAACUGGGAGCACGUUGACCGCUUUGACUCAGCAGCUCAGGAACCUUGUCUUGGUUGUCAUCGGUGUGACUAAAGGAAGCUGCGGACAGUGAAUGAAUAUUUCCCGGAGCGGGGGAAGAGGAGCUGCUUGAAGCCGGCAGAUGAUGCUGUCAUUAAGGCCCUGCUGAGGAUGAACUGAAGCUCAUCUAAGGUCUGAGAUGGGUCGGCCUCAGUCUCUUCUGGUCAAGGAGGCGAUGCAGGAAACGGUGCGGAGGAGAAACAGGCUGCUGCCCUGAGCAGGCUCACUGCUGUAGGGAGGAGCGCGGCCUUCCUGCCGCCCCCCUGCGGCCCCUCCGUGGCGCUCUGGGACGUUUUGACUAAGAUGUCCCUCAGCAGCAGCCCUGCAGGUGGGAAAGGUGUGGACUCCAAUGCGGUGGACACUUACGACAGUGGUGACGAGUGGGACAUCGGUGUUGGGAAUCUGAUCAUUGACCUGGAUGCUGAUUUAGAGAAGGACAAGUUAGAGAUGUCGAGUAGUAAGGAGGGAGGAGCCAUGGCGGCGCCCCCUGGUGCCGUGGCCGUGUUACCAGACAACAUAAAGUUUGUCAGUCCUGUAGCCGCCAUGCAGAGCAAAGAUGGUAAAUCCAAAUCGAAGCGCAGCAAAAACUCCAAAGAAAGCGGAAAGACGUCAGUCCUGGAAGCAGCUAAGAAGGAGGCUCAGAGUAGGACCCAGGGAGACCUGAACCCCGGCGCUGCUCCAGCUAAAGGAGCUGAUGCAAAGAUAGGUAAAGCCUCCCGCAAAGAUGCGGCGUGUGGCAAAAGCAAGAAGGAGAAAUUGGAAGCUGCCGCCACGCGGAUGGCGAACAGUGAGAAGGACUCUGUAGUCGCCCCUCGUAACAGCUCCUUUGAGAACCCGCUGAACCCUGACCUGAGCCCUGUGGACCAGUUUGGGAACCUGGCGCUGGACUCUGCAGGGAUCGGCCAGGUCGUCACCAUGGUGACGGAGGAGGAGGUGGACGACGGCAGCGACUGCCGCAGCCUGAAGAAAGGUGCCAGCGGUGAGAAGAUGGAAUCUCCUUUCUCAUCCUCUGCUCCUCCUCCUCCUCUCCACCUCCUCGGUGCCGCUGCAAACAGCGGUGACAUCUCCUCUCCGUGCGAGCAGAUCAUGGUUCGCACGCGCUCUGUUGCGGUGAACACAGCGGAGGCGGCACUGGCGACAGAGCCGGAAUGUCUCGGGCCGUGCGAACCCGGCACCAGCGUCAACCUGGAGGGAAUCGUGUGGCAGGAGACUGAAGACGGGAUGCUGGUUGUUAAUGUCACCUGGAGGAACAAGACGUAUGUCGGGACCCUUUUGGACUGCACGAGACACGACUGGGCCCCCCCUAGGUUUUGUGAAUCCCCCACCAGCGACAUGGACAUGCGCAGCGGCCGUGGGCGGGGCAAAAGGGUGCGGCCCGGCACCAACGCGCCGCUGAACGACAACAGCAACUCCUCUGACAACAAAGGCGGCGGGAGCAAGACCCGCGGAGCGGCCGCCAACAGCAAAGGGCGGCGGGGCGCGGUGGUGGGCUGCGGGGAAGAUACCAAGGCCAGCCCGUCCUCUGCCAAGAGGAAAACCAAACCCGUGUCCGAUAUGGACCCUACCUCCAGCUCCGAGGACUCUAAGGCCUCAAAGCGCAUGAGAACCAACUCUACCGGGGUUGCGACGCCUCUCCCUGUGGGGAAAGCAGAAGUCCUGCCCCCCCCACAGCUGGAACGUACUUGCUCCUCCCCCAUUCUGAUUGACUGCCCGCACCCCAACUGCAACAAAAAGUACAAACACAUCAACGGGCUGAAGUACCACCAGGCCCGGGCGCAUAACGACCAGAACGUACGGCUGGAACAGGACGGGGACAUGGACUACGGCGAGGAGCACGACCCCGCCUCCUGUAACGGCGCUUCCUUCUCCCCGGCUCGAUCCAACACCCCCAAAGGACGAGGCUUCGAUGCCCCCUCCCCCUCCUCGGGGAAGCAGACGCUGAAAGGGAGGAAGAAGGGGGAGGGCGACGCGGAGGCGACCGAUGGCGGCGAGGAGGGGCUGUGUUUAACCGACGAGGCCAGCAACGACGGCGUGGACGACAGAAAGGCCAGAAGAACGUCGGCCAGCAGCAAACCCGAGAAACCGGGUCAGAAAGGAGCCAAGGCGGCCCGGCCUCCGGGCCCCGGGGCCGCUCCCUCAUACUCCCCCCACGCGUCUUCUCCUGCUUUGAGCUCGGCCGUCCAGUCGGUACCCAGCAGCCCCCAGCUGAAAAACAGCCAGACCAAACCCCCCCCACUCUCAGAUCCCUCCUGCAGCCCCCCCCUUGCUAAAGACAAGAAGAAGAAAGACAAGAAGAAGAGGGACAGCUGGAAGGAGGAGGACAGUCCCGUGGCCAUGAGCAAGGCCGGCCGGCCAGAGGAGGGGAGGAGUCCGUACUCCGACACCGCAGACGCUUUGCUCAACGGCUGCGCGGAAGCCCAGCAGAACCGCCUGGCCAGCAUCAAAGCCGAAGCCGACAAGGUCUACAGCUUCUCCGACAAUGCGCCCAGUCCGUCCAUCGGCGCGGCGGGCAGAGCCGAGACCGGCCUCGCUACGCCGCUGCACACGAGCCAGAACGGGGCCGACAACGUGUCCGUGAAGACCGGCAGCCCCGCUUACUCGGACAUCUCUGACGCAGGCGAGGACGGAGAGGGGAAGGCAGACGGUGUGAAGGUCAAACCUGAUCCCGAUCAGGGGCCCCGCGAAGGUGCCAAGAAGGCGCUGUUCCCCCCCCAGGCUCCCAGUAAGGAGUCGCCGUACUACCCCAACUACGACUCGUACUACUCUCCAAGCUAUGCCAACCCCAGCCCGGGCGUGGCCACAGGACCUGCGGCUCACCUGGAGGCAGCGAAGGUGAAAAAGGAGGAGGAGUUGGAGGUGGUGGAGGAGGGUAAGCUGAAGGUGGAGCCUCCUGAGGAGAGGAAGGCCGAAGCCGUCCCUCAGCAGCCGUCUGUCAUCCAGCAGCGUUCCAACAUGUAUGCCCAGCCCAUGUACUACAACCAGUACUAUGUGGCUCCCUACCCCUACGCCUCAGACCCCGCCUACCACAGCCACCUGCUCGCCUCCAACCCUGCUUACCGCCAGCAGUACGAAGAGAGGCAGCGGAAGGGCGACAAGAAGCCAGAGGCCAAAGAUCGCGACCCUUCUGCCAAAGAGGAGUGGAAGCAGAAGGCCUCGGUUCCUCCUUCUGUCUCCGGCACCUCCUCAGAGGAGCGUGCCAAGGGAGCGGUGGCCUCUGCAAAGCCUAAGGAUCCCACAGCUCCUUCAGAACAAACCAAGUCGGUGAUCAUGUCUAAAGGAGAGGAGGUCAAGGUCCCCAGCAGCCAGGCUGAUGGUCUGAAGAUGAAGCUCAGUGAAACGGGGAACCAUGGGAAGGAGGAACCCAAAGCAGGGCCGGAGAUGGGCAGAGCAGCUGCUGUGGACUCCUCCAUGUGGUACAGACAGGAGCCAGACUCGCGCCUGUGGUCCUACAUGUACCCGAGUAAAUACUCGGAAGCUUCCAGGCUGCAGGAGGAGGAACGAUGGAAAGAGGAGAGGGAGCGAGAGAGGAAAGCCAAGGAGGAAAAGCCACGGGUGAAGGAGGGGGUGGAGAGCAGGACGCCACACCCCCCAGAGGAGCACCAGGGCGGAGGGAAGGAGCCCCGCGUCCCCCACAUGCAGUUUCCCUCCCCUCUGGCACAGCAUCAGGGCUACAUGCCCUACAUGCAGGGGCCGUACGCCUACAGCCAGGGCUUUGAUCCCAACCACCCCGGCUACAGAGGCAUGCCUGCUGUCAUGAUGCAGAACUAUCCAGCUUCAUACCUGGCGGCCGGCUAUCCCUUCUCUCCGUACGGAGGGAAAGUGGCAGCAGGGGAGGACGGAGAGAAACCCUCCAGGUCGAGUCCAACCGUGAAGCCGCACGGCGAGGCCAAAGCGCUAGAGCUGCUGCAGCAGCGCGUCAGCCACUACAAAAGCAAAUCGCCCUCCAUGCAAGACAACAAGACGCUGCAGGAGCGAGAGCGAGACUGGGAGAGGGAGCGCGAGAGAGAGGGCGCUCGGCCCCGGUCCUCUCCUUCCCAGCGCGUCCUGCCCUCCCAUCAUCACCUGGGAUACCCUCUGUACGACCUGUCCUACGCUCCGGGCCUCUCAUCUUCAGCGAUUGUUGCGAGCCAGCAAGCGUCCGCCCCGUCCAUGUACCCGCCGCCGCGGAGGUGAAACUGGUUGGCUGGCCUCCACCCGUAGAUCAUGUUUGACCUCUUCAGCCUCUGGACCCAAACGCUUCUGCUGGUUCCGGGUGGUACAGCUGACCCGACGGCGCGGACCGUCACUGGAUUGUCUGCUGGCCCUCAGGGCCGGGUGGUCAGAGCCGCCGCCCGGCCAGCCGCCGCCUCACUGUUUCAUGUUUUGAUGCUCUGGAAUCUGUCGCCAUUGAUCACCUGGCUGCGUCCUGGAGAGACGGACUCCCUGAGAAGCUCCAGAGACCGGCUGAGGAGGCGGGGUGUAAAUGUAGCGCGAUGUGUGUGUGUGUGUGUGUGUGUGUGCGUGUAAAUACUGUACAGAGGAAUUAUUUUAAGAGAUCUGUUGGAUGAUGUCUGAUUUCUUACUCUUCUUUUUGUCUGUUAGCCUGUUUUUCUACUGUUGUUGUUCUGAUAUUAAACCUGUAGCUGUUGGAAAGCUGCUGGA